AAAUUAUUUAAUAAGUGUGAAACGGUGUGUGUGGGUUUUAGGGUUUUUGUCGCUGUGAAAGGAUGGCGUCGAGACCAGAGGUGAUUGCGCCGCCUGAGAUUUUCUACGACGAUGCCGAAGCUCGCAAGUACACCUCUUCUUCCCGUAUUGUUCAAAUUCAGGCGACGCUGUCAGAGAGAGCUCUUGAACUACUUGCUUUGCCUGAUGACGGCGUUCCUAAAUUACUCCUUGAUAUCGGUUGUGGAUCGGGACUUAGCGGUGAGACAAUCUCGGAGAAUGGACACCAUUGGAUUGGGCUUGAUAUUUCAGCAUCAAUGCUUAAUGUUGCGGUGGAGCGAGAGGUUGAGGGUGACCUUUUACUUGGUGACAUGGGCCAGGGUAUAGGAAUUCGUCCUGGAGUUAUGGAUGGGGCCAUCAGUAUAUCUGCUGUUCAGUGGUUAUGCAAUGCUGAUAAAUCCUCUCACAACCCUCGAUUAAGAUUGAAGGCCUUUUUUACAUCUCUAUAUAAAUGCUUAUCAAAUGGAGCUAGAGCAGUAUUUCAAGUGUAUCCUGAAAAUAUAGACCAACGUGAAUUGAUUUUGAAUGCUGCAAUGCAUGCUGGAUUUGCUGGUGGUAUAGUGGUGGAUUUUCCACACAGUUCUAAGAAGAGGAAGGAGUUCCUUGUUCUCACUUGUGGUCAAUGCUCAGUAAAUGCGUCCAUUUCCAAAGGUAAAAAUGAAGAUGGGGAGAGUUGCUCUGAUGACGACAGUGAAGAUGAAGAAAAUCAGACAGUAUGUAUAUCAGACAGGCAUAGACCGCGGAAGAAACAGAAAAAUAAUAAGGUUGGUAAAGGAAAGGAAUGGUUACUAAGGAAGAAGGAGCAGAUGAGAAGAAGAGGAAAUGUUGUUCCUCCAAAUACCAAGUACACGGGUAGGAAACGGAAGGAUCGUUUUUGAUUUUGUCUGGCAUUUGCCUCUCAGGGUCGAGAGUAUAAAAAACUAGUCACAUUUAUCUGUAUUUUAAAAACACAUACAAUAUCAUAGCCCCGAUGGCUUAGGAUCCCCCCUCAAGAAAAAAAACAACUGAUAUUCCAACAUACCGGAUAAAUAUCCUUCAUAGGCUUCUAUCAAACAAAUUUGACUGCAGGAACGUGCAUGUAUGAGUAGCCUUCAAGGCCCGAGCAAUAUGUUGGAAUAUCAGUUUUAUUUUUUUUUCUUGAGGGGGAUCCUAAGCCAUGAUAUUGUAUGUGUUUUUAAAAUACAGAUAAAUAUCAUUUGCUUUAGUUGUAUCUAUUUGGCAAACAUAUGCAUUUUAAAUGUUGUGAGGCGCACAAUUCCAGAAUACAAGUAGCUUUUUUCCAGAUUAUAGUUGUGUAUCCAUUUUACUUUUUUGUUUUUUAAAUAGAAUCUUACUGUAAUUUUCCUGGAUUCACAUUUAUCACACUAAUACCUUCUGGAUGUAGCUAUUACAAUAAUGGAAUCUUACUGCAAUGAUUAUUUGAA